AUGCGUCUGUACUCUUGCGUCGCCCUGCUGUCCGCCUGGACCCUCUCUGCAUCCGCCCACUUCAUUCUGCAAUAUCCCAACUCUCUCGGAUUUAGCGACGACGACGAAGGCACCUCUCCCUGCGGUGGCUUCGAUGUCACCUUCGGCAACAAUGACUCCUCCGUCCCUGUCGGCGGGUUCCCUGUCUCGGUGUUAACCACACACCCAGCCUCAGAUUUCUUGUUCCGCGCGACUCUCGAUCAAGAGCCUCCCUUCAACUUUACCAACCUGCUGCCCGUAGUCUCGGAGACAGGUAUCGGCGAAUUCUGUCUCCCUGCCUUGGUGGCUCCGGCCGACUUCGCGGGCAAGCCUGGUGUGAUUCAAGUGAUCCAAAAUGGGCCUGACGGCACUUUGUACCAGUGUGCGGCAGUCAAUUUUGUGUCCGGCAUGAACAACACGGUCGGCGCCAGCUGCACCAACGUCACAGGCUUGACAGCAACGAUCACAAAUCAGAACGACUUCGACUCGAGUCCUUCUUCCUCAGCUUCUGGCUCGGCGUCAGGGACGGCCUCGCCCACCGCCUCUGGUGGUGCUACCUCAUCCAGCUCACCAGAUUCCGCCGCCGUCGCCAGUGCUCCUCGAAUGGUGAUGGGAGUCUUCGGUGCCGUUGCGCUCGCGGCUUCAUUCUUGCUAUGA